CUCUGCAUCUGAUUGGCUGUUGAUAUAUCAAAUGGGAGGCCAGAAACCUUCUUCACCUGUUGCUUCUUCCAAACUGGCCGAGGCUCUUCCUUAACCUGAGAUAAAACAGAAGUGGACUUGCUUGCGAAACAGGGUGUGAGUGAGCAGCAAUGUUUGGACUUGGGGCAAGCCCCCAGUUCCCUGACGCUGAAUCCUGGUGGCACAACCCUCCGUCUCUAGCCACUGCCAAUGCCCCCUGGGAUGCGACUGAAAUCUCAGCUUGGCAGAAGCACCUGGAAGAAGAGACCAAGCUGAGUCCUCUGCAAGGAGAUAGAAAGGAGCUCCUGGAAGUGGAAGACCCUGAACUGGAGGCCAUCAAGGCCAAGGUCCGUGAGAUGGAGAAGGAGGAGGAGUGGCUGCAGGAGCUGCAGGCUGAAGCAAAGAACCUCAUCAUGAGAUCAGAGGCAGGUCUUGAUUUGCCUCGGACAACUCAGGAAAAAAUGGAAGUUGACCAGCGCUCUGUCUACGUGGGAAAUGUGGAUUACGGUGGAAGCGCAGAAGAGCUGGAGUCCCAUUUCAACAGCUGCGGUCAGAUCAACAGAGUUACUAUCCUCUGCGACAAGUUCUCUGGUCAUCCUAAAGGGUAUGCCUACAUUGAGUUUGCUGACAAGAGUUCUGUGAAGGCUGCUGUGGAGCUGGGCGAGAGCACUUUCAGAGGCCGUAUCAUCAAGGUGUUGCCCAAGAGGACCAACAUGCCGGGCAUCAGCUCCACGGACCGGGGCGGUUCCCGGGGUGGUUUCCAUGGCCGGGGGGCUCUGCCUCGCCGCUCCAGUUUCUGCGGAGGGCAGCGUUUAAGGCCACGUGGAAGGGUGUACAGGGGCCGUGGAAGACUUUCUCCUUGGUACAUGCCUUACUAGGCAGUGGGACAAGGUGACCCAAGCCGGGACUCAACUUGGACCGGAACGGGAGCAAAAGCAAGCAGAUCCGCCCAAAGAAUAUUUCUCCUUUGUUAUCCUGUGAGAGUGACUUGCAAGCGUUGAAUUUCUGUGCCAGUCUUCCAGACAAGACACACAGGGUAUCUCCUUCUUGGGCAAGGAAAAAAGAAAUGCUGGAGUGGCCUAAUGGGUG